AUGGAAGUCCAAUGGAUGAACCACACCGGGUUCGUGGUCAGCGACAUAGAACGGUCCCUGGCUUUCUACCGCGACCUGCUGGGUCUCAGCAUAGAGCGGGACCAGGUAUUGGAAGGCGACUUCAUCUCGGAGGUCGUCGGUUAUCCUGACGCGCGGCUGCGCAUCGUGUACCUGGGGGCCGGGGAUCAACGCCACUCGGUGGAGCUGAUCCAGUACCUGAACCCGGCGGGGGAUGCCGUCGCGCUGCCCCAGCGCCACCAGGUGGGAGCGACCCACCUGGGCAUCAUCGUCGACGAUCUGGACGCGUUUUACGCCGACCUCAGCGCGAAGGGGGUGAGGUUCGUCAACCCGCCGGCGACCCGGCCCAACCCGGUGUAUCCGGCGGCCAGCAAAGGCUGCUAUAUGCAGGACCCCGAUGGGAACUGGCUGGAGCUCCUGGAGCGGGGGCCGGCGCCGCCCGACGCCACCUCGGUGUGA